UAAGUAGAUGAAAUAAAAUAGAGUUUUGGAGAGAGAGAAAUGAGAAGACGAAGAGAGAUAAAGUGUAGUAGUCCUUCAAAAAUUAUGCCCCAAAACCUUACAUUGAUUUUCAGAGAGAAUCCAAAGGCCCUCCUUAGUUGAAAACCACCCUCCCCCCUAGCUUCUUCUUCUUCUCUUCUUCCAAUUUAUUUUUUUUUAUUAGAAAAAACAAAACAAGUAACUGCCCUUAUACUAGUACAAACAGAAAAACAGAAAGAACAAAAGAAAGAAAAAGACUAUAUAGAUAGAUAGUGAAAACCAAGAAAACCAAAGUGGUAGAGUUUUUUGUUAUAUAUACAGAAGAAAAGAUUGUUCUUUUUCAGUUCAGUUCAAUUCCAAUCAGGCUCCCUCUUCCUCUUUUUCAUUUUAUCCAAUCUGUAAUUUUGUAGGAAGAGCACAGGGUUUUAGGAUCCAGAUCAGAGCAAGUCCGCGGAAGUGGUGUUUAUUCUAGGGUUCAAUCUGGAAGACAUGUUGGAAGAUCGGUCCUGUUUGGUUCAAAGGGAUUGUCGGACAGAAAGUAACUGGAUGGCUUGCAUGAGUUAUUGCAUUGAUAGGAUUGAAGUCCAGAAUGGCAAAAGGCCAUUGGAAAAUGACGAGGAGAGUGAAAAUGUGCAAUGCAAGUUGCAAAAGCAGUCUGAUGGUUCUGUCCUACAGGGAGUGGUUUCAUCCGGGGGCAGCUCUUCCGCGUCCCCUGAUGAGCAAGCUGAUAAUCAGGGUCAUGCUGGGGAGGAUUCUACUUCAGCAUCCCCUGAUGAGCAAGCUGGCAAUCAGGGUCAUGCUGGGGAUAAUUCUGAUUCAGCAUCCCUUGAUGAGCAAGCUGACAAUCAGCGUCAUGCUGGGGAUAAUUCUGUUUUGAGCGAGCUUUUUCAUGUUAUUGGCCGUGACAACUCUAUAAGUUCUCUCAUUCGGUGCUCUAGGUCAGAUUAUGGCGCUGUAGCAUCUUUGAAUAGUGCAUUUCGCUCAUUAGUUAGGAGUGGUGAACUUUAUAGAUUGCGACGAGAAAAUGGUGUCGUUGAGCAUUGGGUGUAUUUCUCAUGCCAGCUGCUCGAAUGGGAAGCGUUUGACCCUACUAGGCGCCGUUGGAUGCAUCUGCCAACCAUGAAUCCAAACGAGUGCUUCGUGUUCUCCGACAAGGAAUCUUUGGCGGUUGGUACGGAGCUUCUUGUUUUUGGAAAGGAGGUGUUGGCACAUGUCAUUUAUCGAUACAGCUUACUGACAAAUACGUGGUCAUCGGGGAUGCAGAUGAAUGCGCCAAGAUGUCUAUUUGGUUCUGCCAGCCGUGGGGAGAUCGCCAUUCUGGCUGGCGGUUGUGAUUCACGAGGUAAAAUCCUUAGCUCUGCUGAACUGUACAACUCUGAGGAAGGCACGUGGAGGACUUUGCCAAGCAUGAACCAGCCACGUAAGAUGUGUUCGGGCGUAUUCAUGGAUGGAAAGUUUUAUGUGGUAGGAGGCAUUGGAGGAGCUGAAUCAAAGCUGUUGACAUGUGGGGAGGAGUAUGAUCUGGUAACAGGAACAUGGACUGAAAUCCCAAACAUGUCACCUGUGCGACCUAAUGCAGCUAGGAAUGAUAUGCCUGCUACAUCCGAAGCACCUCCGCUGGUGGCUGUUGUAAAUAACGAAUUGUAUGCUGCCGAUUAUGCUGCCAUGGAGGUUAGGAAGUAUGACAAGCGAAACAGAGCAUGGGUUACCAUUGGACGAUUGCCUGAACGAGCAGCUUCCAUGAAUGGGUGGGGUUUGGCCUUUCGGGCAUGUGGUGAUAGUUUGAUUGUAGUUGGAGGGCCUAGGGUUAUGGGCGAAGGAUAUAUUGAGGUGAAUUCGUGGGUACCGAGUGAAGGGCCUCCAGAAUGGAACUUGCUUGGCCGGAAGAGAUCUGGUAGUUUUGUGUAUAACUGCGCUGUCAUGGGAUGCUGAAGAUAUGGUGUUUGGCAGCACCAUGUGUUGUACUGUAGCGGGUGUUGGGUGCCGAUCAAUACAUAAUUGGUUUCUGGGGCAACAGGAUUCUUGCUAAUGGGUAAUUUAUCCCAACUUUUUUCUCUUAUCAAAAUCUUUUCCUUUUUAACCUCUUUUCAGAGUGGGGAAGCACAAACUGGGCUCAAGAUUCAACAACAUAGUUUUCUAUGGAAAGUCUUGAGUACAAUUUUCUUUUCCUUUUCCAACUUCCAUCCGAUGUUCCUUUCAAUUGAAUUGUCUUCUCCCAUCUUCAGUAACAUGAUAUUCCAAAGGUGGCCAUCAAAUAGCUUAAGGUUAGGUGAAAUAACGAGCAAUAUAGUUAUAGUUUUUGAUUAGUGUUUGCUAAAGCUUCCUAGGAAAGUCAUAGAACUUGGUCCUUUUGGGUUUUGCGAUCUUUAUUUUCUUGACUUUGUCGAGGAGAGAAAUAAGGUUCUGCAAGGUUGUCAUUGCCAUCUUGGCUUGUGUAUCGGUACAUUUAUUUCUUGCAAUUGAUGAUCCAUAAAUUUAGUGUACUUUCAAGACAAUUGGUAGCUUUGGAAAUGAAGUACUUUGUUCCAACUUUCGUUGUCUUACAUGUUAUUUUAGGAAUUCUUUCCUUUAUUA